UCCCCCUCCACUAUCCCAGCUCUUUUCUGCCCCGGCCCCCUGCGCUGCGGCCGCGCUGCGGGGCGGGGCGCUUUGGGGACGCACAACUUCCGGCGCGCGGCGGGCGGGGGACGGUCACUUCCGGGGCGCUGCCGCGCGGGCCGAGCGGGGAUGUCCCGGGUGCCGGUGGGGAAGGUGCUGCUGCGCAACGUGAUCCGCCACACCGGCGCGCACAACAAGAUUCAGGAAGAGACAGAAAUGUGGAAAAUAAGGGAGUGGGAGAAGCAGACAGAGGAGACGUACUGGAAGAGGCAAAGCAGAAUGCUGUCGGACACCUCCAGCAGUCGGAUGCGCAGUGAUGGCUUCGAUGAGGAGGGCCACAGGGCUGACUGGAAAACAAAGAACUCACAAUUCCUUGACCCUGUCGAAGAUGAUCUCCUUCGGGCCCGAUCCUGGAACAAAAAGCUGUAUGAAUGUGAAGCCAACCUGCCAGACAGGUGGGGUCACAGUGGCUAUAAAGAGUUGUACCCAGAGGAAUUUGAUACGGAUAGUGACCAGCAAGAAGGAGACGAACAAAAUGCUGUCAACGGGAAGAAGAAAUCCCAUCUGGGAAAGCACACGGCCCGGGAAUCGCAUAAACGGAAAAAGACAAAGAAAUCGCACAAGAAGAAGCAAAAAAAGCGAUCACACAAAAAACGAAAGAAAAAGAAAAAGGAGCAGGGGAGAACGUCAUCAGAUUCAUCCCGGGAGAGCGAGUGCUCAGAAGAGGAGACUUCAAGCACCCGGAAAGGGAAACACAAGCGCAAGAAAAAGACCAGGAAAGUGCCUGCCAGGGAACCUACCUCGUCUUCUGGGCAGGAGAGUGACUUUUCUCAUGCAAGCAGCUCAUCCACCAGCAGCUCCGAGGACAGUGAAUCUGAGGAGAAAAAAGAGAAACGGCCACCAAAAAAGAGAAAGAAACGAACCAAUUCUGUGUCGGAAAGGGACAGCGAAGUAGCAGAGAAACGGAGCAAGAGGAAAAACCGGAAAGUGGCCCCUGAUGAACAGUCAGAGGACAGCUCCGACGAGGACUGAUGAGCUAGGCUGCAGCUGGGAAAGUGAGACAGAGGGCAGAGGCAGGUAUUUAUCUUUUAGCACUGCCCCACGGUUCACUUUGUUCCAACACUGUGGUUUCUAUACAUCCUGCCAGCCCAUGGGGGAGAAACGGAGCCUCGGCGGCUGGCAGCAGGUGCUCCGCUGCUUUCCAUUGACUUGCGAUUCAGCGGCCGCGGGGAGCAGGCGCCUGUCUCACAGGCUGGCCGGUCCUGCCGAGUUUGAGUUCUUUCUCUGUGACCAGGUUGACAUCUGAUACACGAAGGUGUUUGAGGCUGUGUCUGCAGGAGGAAAGCAGGCACAUCUGCACCGUUUUUAUUUGGUUGGAAAAGAAGAUUUUACAGAUUGUGGUUUUUGGUUACCAAAUCAAUGACUGAGAUUUGCAAUAGGAGACGGGGGAGGCACAAAGUCUGAUAAUAGAGGGAAUGUCACUGGAUUUAACCCUGCAGUAGCUUUGUCUUCCUGUCCUCUGACAAAAGCUGCCCCGUGUGGUGUCUUAUGGUCAGCAGGACAAAGAUGGAAGCGUGAAUAUGCAGUGACUCCUUCCACAGCGAUGGACAGCAGUGCAUUCGCUUGUUGUAGCCUCUUCAAGCCCUGGCGUGGGCUGGCCGUUGUGUCUGCCUUUCCUUGUUCUCCUGAGGGGAAUGCUGAAACCAUUUGUGCCGACAGAGAAGCCUCGGUGGGUGUUGUGUUCUGUCUCUGGUCUGCCCAGUGUGUUACUGGGGAAACUGGUACCAGGCCGUUCUCCCUGCAGUGAGCAGCCAAGCCUUUUAACAAAAUAAACAAAUCCAGAGGUGUUUGAUGCUUUUGUCACUGUUUGAGUAAAGCCCAGGGACACAGCACAGGCCAGAGAAGCCCAGGUGUCCAUGUGCUCUCCCUGCAUGGUCAGAGCAGGCUGUGGAGGGAUUAGAGAUGAAGUGAGGGAGGCUGGAGUGGGAAUUAGCCGCUGGGAACUGUACUGUUUCAAUGAGAGCAUUGUGUGGCAGUGACGGAGCACAGCUCCAGCUUCAGGACACACCUGAACAAGUAUGAGGCCCUGCACAAAACCACCUGAGGCUGUGCCUGUAACUCUUUUUAUUUAACAAAUUAAGAAAGUCUGAUCACUUGAUAGCAGUUCCCUUCUGAGCUGACCCAAAGCCACACACACCACUGCUGGCAUCCUAAGCAAUUCCGCAGGGCCUUUCCUGAGUGGUUGUUGAGAAUCUCUGUCGGUUUUGCUUUCACAUCUUCUAACAGCAGAAAAUGGGCUCCUUUGAGCACUGGCUGGAUCUUUGGGAACAGAGAGACAGGUCUGGCGAACGGGGUGGGUGCUGGAGCACAGGGAUGUGAUCAGCUAAAAAAAUCCCCAAAGCACUGUGGGCCUGCACGGUGUCUCCACGUUCACUCACUGUUCAGUCUUGCCCACCAACAUAUUCCGACUGAGGCUAAGUAAACGCUUUUAUGUGAACCUGCCUCCGCGUGUAGGGAGUGAAGCGAUGGCGCUGAGCCUCAUCUCGCUGCGACAGGUCAGAACACGUUCUGCACCCAUCCCUUUGUCUCUCCCCCGCCCCCUCCUGGCUCCCAAGCGGUACGGUCAGUCCUGCGUUUUUGUGUCGGACCUCGCACACCGCCGGGGUCUGGUGGGAGAC